CUGCGCCAUUACUGCAGGAGGCAGGUCGUCUGAUCACAUCCGGUAUCAGCGGCUGCAUUGUUACAGCGCGGGUGAAGCAGUUCAGUCCAGCUCUGUCUCUCAGCCGGUGUGAAGCGCAGCGUGUACAGUGUCUAUCUCUGUAACGACAAGGAGUUAAGACUUGCUACUUUCCGGUAUCUACAUGGCUGUUAGAAGGGGACACAUUAGAUACCUGAAGGUCUGUGAGGUCCAGAGCCAAGGGAUUGACAGAGACUCACAGCAUAGCAAGGGUGCCAGCUCAAUGAAGGUGGACGCUUACGACAUGCCCAACGGUUACGAAGACCACAUGGGGGACGAUGCAAAAGAUGCCAAGACAAACUUGAUUGUCAAUUACCUGCCACAGAACAUGACGCAGGAGGAGCUGCGUAGUCUGUUCAGCAGCAUUGGCGAGGUGGAGUCUGCCAAACUUAUUCGGGAUAAAAUGGGAGGCCACAGUUUAGGGUACGGAUUUGUUAACUAUGUUAACACUAGUGAUGCAGAAAGGGCAAUCAGUACUCUCAAUGGGCUGAGACUACAGUCUAAAACUAUCAAGGUUUCUUAUGCAAGGCCGAGCUCUGACACAAUCAAAGAUGCCAAUCUUUACAUUAGUGGUUUGCCCAAGACCAUGACCCAGAAAGAUGUGGAAGACAUGUUUACCCGCUAUGGACGGAUCAUAAACUCUCGGGUGCUGGUUGAUCAGGCCUCAGGCUUGUCACGUGGAGUUGCCUUCAUCCGGUUUGAUAAGAGGGCUGAAGCAGAAGAUGCCAUCAAAGGUCUUAAUGGUCAGAAACCUUCUGGAGCUUCUGAACCAAUCACAGUCAAGUUUGCAGCUAACCCCAAUCAAGCAAAGAACUCCCAGCUGCUGUCCCAACUCUACCAUACACAGUCUCGGCGCUUUGGAGGCCCUGUUCAUCACCAAGCCCAGAGGUUCCGGUUUUCACCAAUGAGUGUAGACCACAUGAGUGGCAUGUCUAGCAUGAGUUCACCCGGGAACUCCACCUCUGGCUGGUGCAUUUUCGUCUACAACCUGGGUCAGGAUGCAGAUGAGGGCAUUCUGUGGCAGAUGUUCGGUCCAUUUGGAGCCGUCACCAACGUGAAAGUCAUUCGCGACUUCAACACCAACAAAUGCAAAGGGUUCGGGUUUGUUACAAUGACCAACUACGAAGAGGCAGCCAUGGCCAUCGCAAGUCUCAACGGUUACCGCCUUGGGGACAAGAUCCUACAAGUGUCGUUCAAAACCAGCAAGUCUCACAAGUAAAAGGACAAAAGUAUUACUUUUGGGUUCUAAGAACUUACAUAUUGAUUCUGUUGUUUUUCGAUAUAUAUAUUUUUUGUUCCCCUCCCCUCGUCCACUUCUGCAAGUGACAGUGUCUUCAUGAAAGUACUUGUGUUUUUGAUCUUUAAGUAAAUCUGUACAUAGUGUUUAACUUGCUCUAGGAAUAAACAACAAUCCAAUUGACUGAAAAAUAAGCUUAAAUUAUUUUUUAAAUAUUAUAAUAUUAGUGUUCAUCACAAUAUACAGAAUAUUGUGAAAACAAACGCUACAACCAUCCAUUGGAUUUUCUGACCUGUACAAGUAUAAUUGUUGUUUAAUUUAAUUAUACUAAAAAGCUUCAAAGACCAAGAAUAGAUACAAUAUAGGAAGUUUUAUUUUAUUAACCCCAGAGAGUAAAAGCUGCCAUUGCUCUUUACUAUUAGUUACAUUGUGAGUUCCCAGUUGUUUUUUUUCUCUCCCCUCCCCUUCUUUUUCAUGGGUGUUUUUUUCACUAAUGGUUGUUUGGAUAUUGUCAAGUUCUGCACAAUGAAUUUCAAUCUCUAUGGUUCCUUUUUUGUCUAAUCAGUUUUGCUGUUUUCAGUCUAAAAAAAAUGAGUAGCUUUAAACAGUUUCAUCUUUUUUCACUUAAUGGAUAUUGCAGAUUUUGUUUUGCAGUAAAAUACAGAAAUGUGCAAAAUAUAAUCUCUGUAAAUACCCACUACACCACCCAUGUUUUCUGCAAAGAAUCUAUUUAAAGUUAUUUGAGUUUAAAAAGGACCAAAGAAAUUGGAGGCAUUUAAGGCUAUUUUGCUGUAUUCCUUUUUUUUUGUUCAGAUUUUUUUAUAUAUUAAAGCCUUUUGCAUUUAAACAACUUGUUUCUUUUUAUGGUUUACUCUUCUGCUGUAGCAAAUUACUGAAAAUGAUGGAGAUUUCCUUUGUUCUUCUGUUUUCUUUCAGUUUUGAAGAGCCUUGUCCUUGCUAAAUGAAGUGUCAAGGCAGUUUGUCUUCCAUACAGUGGAAUUGGUUGUCGCCCCGUACAGAGUGUGCGUGUUUUUUUUGUUUUUUGUUUUGUGCUUUGGCAAUGGAGAAUUUCAGUUUAGUGAUAAGAAUUCAUAUCUAUACACUUUUAGUAGUGUAGUCCCAUUACAUCUCUGUAAAUAACAUUUUUAGCCAUUAUUUGACGCUGGCUCAGUAAGAGAAGAGUAACUAAUGAACACCAUCUGUAGAUCUAUUAAACGUUUUAUCUAACAUGCAUUAAUAUGCAAGACAAUUUGUUGAGAUUUAUGAUGUCUUGUAAAUGUUUAAUCCUUUUUCUCCAUAAUAUGCAUGUUGUUCAUUCAGUACACGUAAUAGCUUUGACAUCACGCACCUUGUGUUUGUAUGUCAUGCAAUGUCUACUUCAGAAGUAUGGCCUAAGCUCCUGUAGUAUGGGCCUUUUAUGUAUUUACAAAUAAAUGCCAUUGGUUUUGUUGUAUAAAAUA